AGAGACUGGCAAACAGAAGAAGCAAAGGUGGAAUAUUCAAUUCCGAUGAAGCCUACGUGGGGUUCUUGCGGGCAUCCCCCAAUGAUUUCGCGUCGGACGGUCUAGCGAAUUUUUAAGAACGCAGAGGAGGGAGGUGCGGGCCGGAGGUGAAGGAGAAGGCGGUGGGUUUGAUCAAUUUGGUGAAGAGACGAUGGGAGAAAUAUGUUGCACAGGAUGGCAGCUGACGAGCCCUGAUGAAAUUAUAGGGUUUGAAGCAGAGUGAAGUGAAGGAAAAUUGUUCUCUGCAUUUUAGCUCUGCGGGGUCGUGUAUGACACUGCAGUCUGCAGAAGCAGCUGUGGAGAGGAUGAGGCUGAGGCAUGCAAUGGUUUGUGCCAGUAAUCAAAAUAGAAGCAUGGAAGCUCACUCUUUGUUGCAGAAGCAGGGUUUGGAUGUCAGUUCGUAUGGCACCGGUGCUCAUGUCAAGUUGCCUGGCCCGUCCAUACGAGAGCCCAAUGUGUACACGUUUGGCACUCCUUACCGGCUCAUGUUCGACGAUCUGAAACGAAAGGAUCCCGAAUUGUAUCCUUCAAAAUAUUGUGGUUUGAUCGAUGUGUUCUGUCAUUGUGGAAAGUUGCUCUGAAGACAUGCUCUGUGUAUACGAUUUUGUGAGUUCUACCUUUGUCGGCAUAGCGGUAAUGGUCCGAUCCUCCCAAUUCUUAAUCCCUUUCUUUACAUUACUGGGACCCUUGCGGUUUGGGGCAAUGGGUGUCUAUUCUGUACACAUAUCUAAAAAAUAGUCACGCAGAUUUUCUAAAAAUGACGACGGAGGUCUUCUUCUGCUGUGUUCAGUACCUUUACCAAAGUGAGGCGAAUUGUUUUCAAAUCAGUGUUAACUCUUGGCGUGAUUUUCAAGGAUAAUCUGCUGUGUGCCACCUGCGAGUGCUUAUCAGAUACUUACCAUAGAAAUUUCUCGUGUAUCUAUCUGUUGGCUUUCAUGCGUUCUGAUUUCAUAUUUGCUUUUCAGACAAAAUUUAGAAGUUCUCGUUCCACCUUCUGGAUAAACUCACGUCUACGUACUCUUCUUUCAGAUUAUGAUUGGAGUAGACAGGAUGACAUAGUUUAAUAUGCUUAACAUGCGCAAGGAUUACCUUGCAGCGACCGCAGAACAUGACGUGGUCAAAGAGAGGUCUAGAGAAUAUUUGAGAUGUACAAUCUUUGGACAAGCUGGUUUUUUUUGUAUAACACCAACUGAAGAGAAAUCAUGACCGGUGAACGAUUCCUGUAUUGCUCACCUUCUUUAGUCUCUAAAGCAUGUUGAAUCACAGUUCAUCUUCGACAUGCAAAGUGAUGCACGAAACUUAUGUCACGAAUUUUUCAUAAAUUUUUAUUCCUAUCCUUGGUGCUAUUUUCUGUUUUGCAUCCGUUGUUGUUACCAUGUCUAAUUGGAUAGUGACACUGAAUGAAUCCACUUAUGAUGGAUUUAAUCGCUAUUGUGUUAUUUAAGGGUAUGUAAGUUCUUUUUUUGUCAUAUCUGAGUUGAUUGUUUCGAAUUAGCAAUUGUACUCCUCCAAUUGUAUAGCUUUAUGUUGGUAGGUUGAUCACCUUGGACAUGGAUGGGUGGUUUUUCGCAGGUUGAGAUGGGCAUUUCUCGUGUCCUGGUUUGGCUCCUAGGGAGCAUUCUUUUGUGUUGAUAUCUUAUUUAUAAAAUCCAUUCGAUUUACGUGUGGAUUUCUCGCGUAUUCAGAAACGGUCACAUAUCACCUGAUUAUUAGCUUUAAUCUAAACCUAUGUAUCAUAUUCUAGGUUUAUGUUACGUUCAUGGAUAAUGAUUCUUUUAGAUGUAUGCAUGUCGCUUUUUGCCAUCCAGAAUUACAGUUUGUUCUGGAUUUUGCUUUGUGGAAUCAUCCAUCUUUACAGUUCCUUUCACAUAACACAAUUCUCAUACAAUAUGGUAAAGUCGGGCAUAAUAAUAUGUUUCAUUAUCAAGUGGGAGAUAGCGUCGUAUCUUUACAACUUUUAGCUACUACAGUGAUAACUCGCAGUAAUGAACUCUAACUUGCAUAAUUACAUAUUUUAAAUUCAAAAUGUAGCUUGGUCACUUCAUGUGAGCAAGCUGUGAAGUGUUAAACUAUUAGGUUCACAACGGAGGGUAUUUUACUGUACUGGUAUCACAUGUACACUUUGAAAUUGCUUUGAGAUAUCUGCUCCUAACAUUUGUAAUUGGGACGUCUUCAGGAUAUACCAUUUUAGGCUAUAUCGCCUCCUGGUACUCAGAGAGUCAAACGGUGAUGUACGUUCUAGGGUGGUCGUGUGUGAAGGUAGUACGAUACUAUGUUUCUCUCUCACUGGUUAAUUGGAGAAGUCUCCACAAAGACUGUCAAGAGUUAUUUAAUUAACCACCUGCUUUCCCUUAAUGUAAGGAUGUUCUCAAAGCUGUUCGCUUUUCAUACCUGCUAGAACCUGUUCAUUACAUCCCCUUGUCCUCUGUUAACUAUAUUGUUUUGUAAGCAACUGGUAAGUUAAUCUGAGUGCAGUUUGCUUUUUGUGAAAGUAUAAAAUCUGAUUCUCAUAGAGUAGAUUCGAUCUACUCUAUGAUAAUAAAUAAAUAUGCUUUUUACGACAAAAGAAAGAAAUUGAACAGUGUCGUUGUUUUGAAGUUCAAAUUGUGUGUUUUCAUACUGCAUGGUUUCUCUCUUUGAUUGUUAAGCUACUUUUCAUUCUACGAUAUGAAUGAAAAUUGUGACUCUCUUUGAAGUUCAAAUUGGUUGUUCUGAAUGUAUGAACUUAAUGAGAUGACAAUUUUAAAUCUUUCUUAUUUGGUCAUGAUUUCUACCGUAGACUGUAUGAGAAAUGUAUAUACCUUAUCACUUAAAUUGAAAGAGGGAAUAGGCUACAUGAAUACUCUUUGUUACUAAAAAUCUCACUUUAACUAUCGUCAUUGAGUGUUUAAGCACAUCCUGACAUAUGUCUUUUGUUUCUACCACUCAGAUUCUAAAGUCCUCGAUGGGAAGGUAGUAUGUCUAAAUUAAAGUUUGCUGGAAUCUGACAAAAGUUAGUAAACUUACAUAUAUCUAUUCCAAGUAAACGACUUUUAGCCUUAUGGUGAUAUGAAUCAUUUCGUUCAGUUUUGCUGUCGAGAUUUUUAAGGGAAAGGUACUAGAUGAAGGCUCUGGGUACUUGAGUUCAAAUGAACUUCUUACUCGUUGUACUAUUUCAUAUUUCUGCUAUUAUUCAAAAAUUGUGUACACCUAUUGUAAUGGUUGUCAAGCUACCUCUAAUUUGUUUGUCAGAUUCUUUUGUCGAUUUGGAGUAUCUGUAGCAUUUUUUCUGACUGUUAAUAUUUUGUCCAGCGGUUGCUUGAUUCAAUUUGUUGACUGUGCUGACGGUCAUUUAUCUUGCAUCAAUUUUUAUUGCUAAAUUAGAGUGUUCAAGGUUUUCAUAUAUUGAUUGAGAAGUAAAACUGGCGAUCAUUGCCUGUUUGUUGACGUCCAUUUUCUUUUUCAUUCAUGUUCAAACAACGAGUCUGUAUAAAAGUUCGAUCCUCAUCUUCGAGUAACAAAAAAAUAUUGUACAGAAAUAUCGAGAGCAGUAGUCUUGUCUCAUUUUAUUUGUGUGAUGUAAUUAUGCAAGGGUCUGGUUGUCGGGCAAUCUGCUGGCAACUUGCCGUGUUGUUUAAUGUACCUAAUCAUAAGCAGAUGUGGGUCGUCGGUAUCGUCGCAAAGACUCUGUACUACCAGUGCUCCCCUUUUUACCUAUUGGUAACAAUUUGUUGAGUCUCUAAUGCUUCCACGUCUCCCUUGCAUACUGUAGUUUUGAAGCCUUACGCCGAAAGCACGAUGUGCAGGUUCUUCUUGUCAACUUAUCUUCGAUUCGCGGAAACUUAUGGUGAUAUGUUGAAUUAUCUUGCCCAUUAUGAGCUAAGAUUGAGCUUUAUAAUCACAGUCAUUUCUUACAAAAGAGUACUUUUAGUCUGCCUACUUCAUAGGUCAGGUGAGCCGCAAGUGGAUCGUCAUCAAAAUUAUUGGGAGCUACAAGUUAGAUAGAAAGACGUCACAACAAAUAUAUUUUUCAGUUAGAAGUUUUAAAUGUACUGUAUCUUGCUGUGUACAAUCAGUAAGGAUAUCUAUGACGGCACCGCACCAUUUUGUACUGCUGCGGUCGGAAUGUCGUUUGCAUAUUCCUUUUGUCUGAACAAAAAACAUUCGUGAACGUCUCACGGUAUUCUUUGUGAAUCAUAUCUUUUAUAAGCUGGUUGUAUUGUCUUCACAUUCCAGCUCUUUUGGCCUUGUAACUUGACCGAAUGGGUAGAUACAAGCGGAAUGGCCUGUUGCAGAUGCUGAAGCGAAACUUAGGUGUGAAGGAUGCCCCACAACGCUGGCAAGACAAUGCAGCUGAUGGUGCAUUUGAUGUGGUUUUCACCUUUGAGGAGAGAGUAUUUGAUAUGGUCAUUGAAGACCUUGAGAAUCGUGAACAGAGGUUAAUGAAGAGUGUCCUGGUCAUCAAUCUGGAUGUGAAAGACAGCCAUGGCGAGGCUGCCAAUGGUGCCAAAUUAGUUCUUGAUCUUUGCAGGAAGCUGGAGGCUGCUGAGUCUUGGGAGGAUGAAAUUGACGAGAUCAUUCGACAGUUUGAAAAGCAGCACAGAAGACGACUUAUUUAUACCAUAAGCUUCUAUUGAAGCGAACGGCACUGUAAAUUUACGAGAGUUCUUGCAGUAGUUCAUUUAACCUGAUCAGGACUUCCGCCUUCUAGCAUUUCUGUCUAGAUCAGUUUGUAGGUUGUAAAAUGAGAGAAUUGCCCUACAACUUCUGUCUGGCUAGGUCAUCUUCCCUUCUCACAGGUGUCCCACUAAACACGUCUGUACUAUCCAAGGCACUUGGUCAAUACUUUAGUCCAUUGGCUCAUCAUGGUGAUGCCUGUGUCGAUGAAUUGGCUAUUUAUGCCACGACGGACCUGGACUGAACAGACCUCAAAGGCACUCAAGUACAUAUGUCGGUCCCCAAGAAUCAGUCAGGAGCUGCCAACUCUGCGAGGUUUACUCUCAUAAAUCAAAUCAAGGGAAUCAACCCCUUCGGUUGAUCAGUCUAUUCUU